UGCUUCAUACACUUAUCAAACCAAACUAAAACCUUCUUUCUUCUCUCUCUCUCUCUGGUCGUAUUUGGUUUAAGAGAAUCCAAUACAAGCAAUGGACGGAGGAAGCUCUAUGGAUGAAAGCAUUACGACUGACUCAGUUUCUGUUUCCCUUUCUCCGGUGACAAUUCCAUCGAAGAAGUCAUCGCCGCCGCCGCCCAACAGUCUAUGCCGCGUCGGCAGCGGUGCAAGCACCAUCGUGGAUUCUGACAUCGUCGGAGUGGAAGCCGAGUCCCGGAAACUCCCGUCGUCGAAAUACAAAGGGGUCGUACCACAGCCCAAUGGCCGUUGGGGUGCUCAGAUUUACGAGAAGCAUCAGCGAGUCUGGCUGGGUACUUUCAAUGAAGAAGAUGAAGCCGCGAGGGCGUACGACAUCGCCGCACAGAGAUUUCGUGGGCGAGACGCAAUCACCAAUUUUAAACCUCUCGCCGCCGGCUCCGGUGCCGACCACCACGACGACGACUUUGAAGAGGCGUUCCUCAACGCGCAUUCGAAAGCGGAGAUCGUCGACAUGCUCAGGAAGCACACUUACAAUGACGAGCUGGAACAGUUCAAGCGAAACUACGGAUUGACGGUGGACGCGAACGGGAACCGGAUCUUCAAGGAAGGAUCCAAUGGUUCGGGUCGGGUCAAGAACACUCGUGAUCAGCUCUUCGAGAAGGCGGUGACGCCGAGCGAUGUGGGAAAGCUGAACAGGCUAGUGAUCCCGAAGCAGCAAGCGGAGAAGCACUUCCCCCUGCCGCUGCCUGGAGGGAUCUCCGCGCCGUACACGGCUGCCACGGCGGCCGUGAAGGGCGUCCUGUUGAAUUUCGAGGAUGGAGGUGGAAAGGUGUGGAGGUUCAGGUACUCGUACUGGAACAGUAGCCAGAGCUACGUUCUGACCAAGGGAUGGAGUCGGUUCGUGAAGGAGAAGAACCUCAAAGCCGGAGACUCCGUUUUCUUCUCCCGCUCGACUGGACCGGACCGGCAACUUUACAUCGACUGGAAGAAAGCCAGAAUUAGCACCGCCACCGGCAGUACUACUUCAGGGGGUGAAUUGGUUGAGCCGGCCGGUCCAGUGGUGGAGCCGGUUCAGAUGGUAAGACUAUUUGGGGUCAACAUUUUGCAGAUGCCCAAUUCAGAUGCCAUGGCUGUUCCUGCAAGUGGGUGUUACAAUAGGAAGAGAAGAGAGAUGGAUCUGUUCUCGUUGGAAUGUACCAAAAAGCCAAAGAUCACUGGAGCUUUGUAACAUUAGCUUUUAAUUGAAAUAUUUCUUUUUCUCUUAUAAGUAUUCUGUUUUCUUGAAUUUUGGAAAUUGUCUGACUUGUGGAGUAAGAAAGAGAUUGAAUAGUGGGAGAAGAAAAAUGAUGUUACAUGUGAUGGUGUAGAUGCAAAUUGCAAAAGGAAGUUUGUA